AUACAAAAGUAAAAAAGUUUUCGUCGACAAACACGCUUUCUAACCGAAGUUCCCAAAGUCUUCGAUCUUAUAGAAAGUCCUUUAAUUUGGUCGAUCCUGUAAAAGGGCAAACUCUUUUUUUUUCCGACAAGACACAAGCUUCUUCUGGUUAUUCGCCGAAUUAUAGAAACGAUGUUCAAUUUCUGGGGAUCAAAAGACCAACAAGGGCAAUCACGUCCUCCUCCGGAAGUUUCUUCUUCUUCGCAGCAGCAGCAGCCAUGGUACUCUCCUUCUCUAGUCAGCUCGCCAAGCUCCUCAUCUCGGCCUCAAACAUCUGGUCACAUUCCAGCACAUGUUUCACCUGGUGAAGCAGCUGGCAUUAUUACCUUCUUGAAAGACAAAAGUGUGGACGAGCUCAGGAAGCUUCUAUCUGACAAAGAUGCGUAUCAGCAGUUUCUGCUCUCUCUUGACCAGGUCAAGGUCCAGAACAAUAUCAAAGAUGAGCUCCGCAGAGAAACAUUGCAGCUAGCUAGAGACAACUUAGAGAAGGAGCCGCAGAUAACGGAGCUCAGAAACCAAUGCAGAAUCAUCCGUACGACUGAGCUAGCAGCUGCGCAAGAAAAGCUUAAUGAGCUGGAAAGACAAAAAGAAGAGAUCCUCAAGUUCUACUCCCCUGCUUCUCUUCUUAAUAAACUUCAAGAGGCUAUGAAUCAGGUUGAUGAAGAAUCUGAAGCUCUGCAAGAGAAGUUCCUAGAGAAGGAAAUUGAUACAGCUGCUUUUGUUCAGAAAUACAAGAAGCUGCGCACUAUCUAUCAUCGACGUGCAUUGAUUCAUCUUGCUGCUAAAACCUCAACCAUCGGUUGAAACUAUGAUAACCAGUCCUUUUUUUUUUGUCUUGUGACUUAUGAUGUUGUAAAAGAAAUGAUUUUGCUGUUUACGUUCAUACUAUAUUGAUUUGACAUUGAAACCA